AUGGAUGAGAACUUUGAUUUGGACAAUAUAUUGGAAUCGAUGAAUUUAACUGGUCAACAUCAAGCAUCAGGAUUGCAACUUAUACGCGAUUCAUCACUUGACGAUCAAAUUCUUGGCGACAUCUUUUUUUCUGAAGAAGAUUUGUUGGCACGUUCACAUUUUAAUAUCAAUGACGAUAUUAGCAAUGCUCUGAUUGAUAACACAAGCGAUGAAUUUAUUCCCUUCCCAGAACUUAUCAAUCCGAUACCAGAGUCUCCGCUUGAAAAUGAUGAAAUAGCUAAACUCAUUUCAACACCAUUUGGAGAAAUGCCAAGACAAAGUACAAUUGAAGAAACCCUUGAAAGAAUAAAUAUAAAUCAAUCACACACAGAUACUUUCUCAUCAGCAAUCGCUUUUCAAAUUGGCAGCUCACCAGUUGAACACAAAAUUGAUAAUUCAAUUCUUGCAACACACUGUGUUCAACAACAACAACGCAUCAUCAAAAAUGCAUCAAAAGCAAGAAAAAGUUCUAAGUAUCAGCAAUCUUCAUCGAAUGUUGGUCCAAUUGAUAUUCUUACAAGUUAUGGUGGGUGUCAACCAUGUACUACAGCACAAAUGGAAGAUGAUUAUGAUAUUCAACAACAAAUCUUUCAAUGUGACUCAAUAGAGUCGAAGAAAAUUCAAAUAAAAUCUCAGCCUCGCGCUAAAUUUCGUCCUCGAACGUAUAAUGAAAGUAAAAAUGCAUCACACUAUAUUCGAUGUGACAUAAACGAUCAACAUGAUUAUCCAACAAUCUAUAUACCUCAUAUAUGGGCACUUCAAUCGGUUAAAAAUAUCAUUGAAGUGACUCUUGUUAGAAGCGAUUAUCAACCACAUCCAUAUACACUUGAAAAUAAAACAAGUAGCACUUCGAUCCAUGAGAAUGCAUUAAUAUUCAGACAAAAUGUGAAUAAUACAUUAUAUUUUUCUGUGACAAAUGAAGAUUUUAAAAAUGGAUACAAGAGCUUUAUGCUUGAACAUAUCAAAAGCAAACAAGAUGCUAAUAUCACCAAAGAGCUAAUUAAAACGCUACAACUUGAUCAAUCUAUGCUUCGUUUUACACGUAUUUAUCAAACUGAAAAAGACAUAUAUCAACGUGAUGACGGUAGUACUGAAUAUUCAAAUGUUAUGGUUGAAGCUUAUAGUGAUAUUGGUGUGGAACAUAUGGGCCCAAAAUAUGGACCUAUCAGUGGCAAUGAAGGAGUUUAUAUUCUUCUUAAGGGUCGUUUUGUUAAAGAGGAUAUAACUGUCUUUGUUACGGAGAAUACAACUGGUUGGCGUCGACAAUUGCCAUUUACGAAAAAUUCAAAUCUUGUUUAUUUUUCAAUGCCUCCUUAUCCAUUUUCAGGAAGUGAUCAAGGUACUGUAAAUGUUACUAUAUGUUACAAGGGUGAAGAAUUCUAUCAAACACCUUAUUUAUAUCAAGGAUCCUUAGAUCAAGCAUUAGCUGAACUUAAUUUAAAUGAUUCAACUUCAACUGUUGAUACUUCACCGAUUUGUGAUGCUUUUCAUUUUUUUUCCGUUACCGGUGCAUGCCCAAUGCGAAUUUCAUCUAGGAAAUCAUCAACUGCAAAAACUGCAAAACGUUUAAAUACUAAACAGAUAAAAAUUUAA